UCGUAAACGUGUUGACUUCUGUCACAACAUGGCUGUUCCAAUAUUGUUUACUUUGCACGAUCAGCUGCUCCAAAAACUUUCCAAUAUUUUAAAACACGCGUGAAAUGAAAAAACGAUAUCUAUGAUCUAAAGUAAAAUAUUAAAAUUAUUUUUUCUAUAAUAAUGCCACUGACACUCACGAAAGCAAGUGUGGUAUUAUCAACUAAAAAUGAGCAAUUUGGGACACUGGAUUUUUUUUCUGAAAUAAAAUUAAUCAAAUAGUUUUAAAAUUCUAAUCAAAUUUAAAGUAAAUUUUACUUAAAUCGCAGUGGAAUUCAAAGUUUUUACAUAUUUCAAAAAGUGCAAUACAUAUACUUGAUUUCACAUAAAAGUGUUUCUUUGUAAGAAAAUAUCAAACUGUGGAGAUUGGACUUUAGGUAUUUAUUGUUAUAACCAGUAUUAACAAAUUUAUUGAAUUAAUUAGAAAAAUGGCAGACUCGAAUACUGACACUCUCAAAGAAACAAAGUUGAAAUUUGCAUUGCAAGUUGUGAAAGAACGCAGUAGAAAACUUCAAAGACAAUUAGCAAAUACAGAAGAAGAAAAUAGUAAACUGCGUCAACUCAAUGCACAAAAUAAUCAAAUUAUGUUAAAAAAAUUAAAUGAAGAUGAUAAACAUGAUGUUAUUCGGGAGCAACAACAAGAAAUUGAAGAAUUGAAAAAACAAAAAUCACAAUUGCUAUACCAUUUGCUUAUGGUUUCAUCUGAGAAUCAACAACUGUGGAAAACAUUAACUAAAAAUAAUACAGCAAUAGAUGUAUCAGCAAUGCCUUCUCUUAAUUUGAAAGAAUUAUCAUAUCCAUCAAAAACAGAUAAAAAUAAUUCAUAUUUGUCAGAGAAAAAUGAAAAGGAUUGUACCUUAGAGGAAAUAUCACUGCAAUUAUUUGAUAGCAUAAUGAUUGACAAAACUGAUUUGAAACAGUUGAACAGCAAAAUACUUGAUCUUCAAAAAAAAGUGAAAGAAAAUAUUGAUAUUACUUGUACUGCAGAUAAUAAUACAUAUUCACUUGAACAAUUAACGCAUCAUGAUAAUAAACUUGUUCAUAUGAAAGAAUUAUUAUUAGAUGAGCAAAAAAAAUUGAAACAAGCCCUACAGAAUUUUUCCACAAUUUCAGAAAAGAAAAAUGCUUGUACCACAUGCAAAAGUAUCAAUGAUAAGUUAAAUGAUCAAACAGAAACUGAUUUUGAUGUGAAAACAAAAGAAAUACCCGAUUAUUCAAACGACACGUGUUCUGUCCCAACAAAAGAAAUUCCAGUUACUAAAGAUGAUAAAAUUUGUCCUUUAUGUGGGUAUUUAUUUGAACAUUCAGUGCCUUUUGACAUUUUUCAUGAACAUGUUAUAGCUCAUUUUACUGGAGAUGGUUAGAUUAGUUUGUAUCAUGUAAACCCUUAUUUUAAAUUAUAUAUUGCAUCUAAGCAUGGCAUUGAUUUAUGGUAAACAUUUCUUGCACUUCCAAUGUAUCAACUCAUGAGGUAUUAUGAUAAUUAUAUAAGUUGUAAUUUAUUGUUAAAAUUAAUUAAUGAAAGUUAAUUAUUUAGUUUAUUGCUAUAAUAAGUAGUAAAAAUGAAUUAAAAAUGACUGUUAAACUAUGAACCAAGAUUCAUACUGUGAUAUAUAACAUUAAAAUAUAUAUUGAAAUUUGUAUAUGAAAGAAAAAUAG